AUUUACAUGUUUGACCAAUAAUAUUGGCAGAUAUACAACGAAUAGUUAAUUGUACAUGAAUAAUGUGGUGCCAGAUUUUCUCGAAGACUGCGAAAUAAAACUUCAUUUUUGUACUUUUAGAGAACAGGAACUUCAAUAGAAUAUGAAGAACGUUGGAAAGCAAUUACAUGUGAGGAUAAAUUUUUAGGCGCAGUUGGGUGCUCUUUUAAGUCGGUGAAGUGCGACGCAAGAAAAUUCUGUGUUGUAACUGAAACGUUUAUAUACUUCUUAAUAGCAUGCACUCUGAUAAACCGGAUAUGGCUAGCACACUAAAAACGGCCAAGGCUGCGCUGCGCCUGCGUAUGAAGGAUAUUCUCAAGAGUUUAGAAUCGUCAGAAAAAAUUCGCCAGUCGUCAGAAGUGACACAAAAAGUUUUGAGAUCUGAUGACUACCAGAGGGCCGAAAGACUGGCCUUGUUUCUAAGCAUGGACGAUGAAAUCGAUACGAGGGAAAUAUUAUAUAAUGCAUUGGAGACGGGCAAGAUUUGCUUCAUUCCCAGAUACGAUAGCAAGUCCAGGCAAAUGGAAAUGGUACGGCUUCAUUCCCGCGCCGACUACGACCAGUUGCCGGAGACCAGUUGGAAAAUUAAGCAACCUCCCUUGCAUGAAGAACGAGAACAGGCGCUCACUACAGGAGGGCUCGACUUGGUCCUGGUUCCUGGCUUGGCCUUCACAUCUGCAGGCCACAGGCUUGGCCGCGGACGUGGAUACUACGACACAUUUCUGAGCAAACUCCCGUCGCCCGGACGAACGAAGCUGUUGGCGUUGGCAUUCUCUGAGCAAUUGGUUGACGACGUGCCUACUGACGCAUCAGACGUGCGAGUGCACGCAGUUAUCACUCCGUGACGCAGCAAGUGUCUGCGGCUUGACAAUAGAAAGGAAGAGGGGAACUAAAUAUUGCUCAAGUUAUGUGACAAUUAAACCAAUGUGGUAUAUCAAGAACGGUGGAAGUUCUUAUAUUAUCAGUCUGCUUAUAUCGCAAGUUUACUAGGAAUUUAAAA